AUGAACCAAUUUAUCUGUCAAGAAAACGUGAUUACUUUCGACAACACUGCUGCAUAUGAAUUUUCAAACACCGUAAGUUUUCUCUCGAUCUACAUUCUACCAAUAUUAGCAUUGACUGGCAAUACUCUAACGCUACUGGUCAUUUUUACCAAUUCUCAUUUGAAUCGUUCGUCAUUUGCCGUCUAUGUCAAAUGUUUAGCCAUAUCGGACACAUCUGUUCUUGUCUUUAAGUUCCUCUCGUAUCAAAAUAAAACAUCGAAACAUUUCUACUUUCCAUCCUUUUGCACUAUAUUGAUCUUUUUCACUGAAGCGAGCGUCCUUUUGUCCAUAUGGACGAUAGUUGCGAUUACGAUCGAACGUACAUUCGUCGUACUGUUACCGUUACAUCAAAAGAAAUUUGUUUCCGCGCACCGUGCGCGUAUGACGAUCUUAAUUUUGACUUCGAUCAUACUUAUAUUUUCUGCACGAGUUUUGAUCAUCCCGAUCGAACAAUCAGAAAAUUUAGGACUACGUUGUCGUCCGAAAACCAACUGGAUUCUAUAUCGGAAAAAGAACAUGACCAUAACCGAAUUUGGCUAUUGUUACAUUCCGCUAACGAUUGUGAUUAUCGGUAAUUUAUUAACUUCCUGCACGGUAAAGCGAGCAUUUCUUCGACGACAUGCUCUUAUUGAGACGCGAAACUUCCAGCAGGAACGUCAAGUAAAAUGUCAUGAAAAUCAAUUAACAUUGAUGUUAUUGAUCGUCACCUUGGUAUUUAUUGUAGAUUUCGUUCCAUUUACGAUAAUGAACAUCAUCGCUAGAUGGGGUUUACCGUUUAAUCUAUGUUUCACUCGUAAAGCGUUCGAAAUUUAUACGAUUGUACGUUCGCUGUGCGAAUUAUUGAAAGAUUUAAAUUUCUGUACGAACUUUCUCAUCUAUUGUCUAAGUGGACGACGAUUUCGUUAUGCAUUUUAUUCACUUUAUAAGUGUCGUCGACAUCACCUGAGUCCGAAUUCGGAUCACAAACAGAUACCGACUUAUUAUACAGCCAAAAUUGAUUCACAACAGAAAUCUGGCAACAGUUUAACCAAAGCGAAUGUGAAAGAAGCAGAACUCUAG